AUGAUGAUGAUGGAAGAGCGGCUCCAGAAUUUGGAGUUAGAAAACGCGGAAGCGCUUCAGCGUCUAGAAGAAAUCAAAGAAAGGUAUGAGAGGUUGGAAUUCGCAAUCUUGGAAAAGGAUGAACAAAUCCAGCAAAAUUGUACGGCGUUGCAAUCAGCCGCAGAAGAAAACAGCAAGCUCAAAGAAAAAAACAGAGAGCUCGAGGAUGGAAGGAGAUUAGCAAUUUCUCUAGUAGAAGAGACGCAACAAAUUGCGGCUAUUUCAGAAACAUGGGCCAGUAAAAAAGUCGAGAAGGCACUUCAGGAUAAGGAAGCGGCUCUGCAAAAGGUUGCCAUGAUCAAUCAGAACUUGGCGGUCAACGCCAGAGACGUCGCAGAACGUCGGGCUGGGGAUGCAGAGCAGGCCAGAAAGGAGGCAGAGAAGCGCGCUGAACAAGCCGUGCAAGCCAAAAUCUUGGCGGAGGGCCGUGCAAAGGGGUUGGAAAGCAACGAGACAUUUAUGAUUUCGUCGAGAAAACAAGCGGAGACACGAGCGGAAAAGGCAGAGGCAGACCUGGCAGCGGCAGCGGCAGUGGAGAGGGAGGAUGAAGCUAGAAGGCAGCUUAAGGUAGCGACCUCCAUUGACCGAGUUGAGGCGGUGGUCUGUGUCAAGCCACCAAAGAAAAGACCCACCAAUCCAAACAAAGGAUCGUGGCCUUCCUCAUCUACCGCGAAAAAAAGAAAAGAGUUCCGUGGCCUAGAGGCAGCAUGUCAUGACGAGCGACUAACAGACUUAGCACAGGAUCUUAACCGCGUGGUGAAAGACUGGGGAACGGAUAAGGAGAGAUAUGCUCUUUUCACAUUCACUACCGACUCGAUUACGGUUACCAGGGUGGAAAAGGGGCGUGGCACUUCUGAAUCUUCGCUUCGCGUCAGAUGUGUCCGUCAUGGUGGGGAGGCAGUGCUCACUGUGUUUUCCGUCGUUUCCCUCGCGUGCACAAUCUAUGGAGCGGAUCUCGAUUCGAAAGCUGCCGAGGAGCUGUUACGCGCUUACAUAUCCCAGACGGUAUCCAGGCGACAUGCCCAAAAUUUGGAUGUAGGCGAGGAAACUGAACGGGUCACGCUAUUUCGCUAG